CCAACUUGGAUGGAGUUGGGGUCUUAAGCGCCUGCCCCGCACAGCUGGCCAGCGGAGAGCCCCGCGCCGCCACCCACGGUCCGGGAUUCCCUCUCCGCUCCUCUUUGCUCCCGCGAUGGGAAAAGUUGGCGCCGGCGGCGGCUCCCCAUCCGGGCUGAGCGCGCUCCUUGCCGGCGUGGGGCUCUUGAUCCUCUGCGCCCCGGGCGCCUGCGGCGGCGACUCCUGCUGUCCCCCGCGGCACCCCAGCUCGGCCCCACACUGGGCUCCGACCCCAGGGAGACUUGCUCACCAGGGUUCGCGAGGUAGAGCUCCUGCCACGCCCCUGCCCCUGCUUGGACGCCCCCUGUUCGCAGUGGCCCCCGGAGACCGAGUGCUGUCCCUGGAGCGGAUCCCGGGCACCGGGACGUUGGUGGAGGUUGCUCAGCGCUCUGGCCGGAGGAGACGGAGUGGAGAUCAGGAGAAGGCAGAACGGGGAGGGGGCGCGAGUAGAAGCCCCCGGGGAGUGUUAAAGGACAGAGGGCAGCAGGAGCCUGGGACUCUGGAGCGGGACCCGGACAAAGCCACUCGCUUCCGGCUGGAGGAGCUGAGACUGACCAGCACCACGUUCGCUCUGACAGGCGACUCAGCGCAUAACCAAGCCAUGGUCCAUUGGUCUGGCCACAACAGCAGCGUGAUUCUCAUUUUGACGAAGCUCUACGACUAUAACCUGGGGAGCAUCACGGAGAGCUCGCUCUGGAGGUCAACUGAUUAUGGGACAACCUAUGAGAAGCUGAAUGAUAAAGUUGGGUUGAAAACAAUUUUAAGCUACCUCUAUGUGUGUCCUACCAACAAGCGUAAGAUCAUGUUGCUCACAGACCCAGAGAUUGAGAGCAGUUUACUGAUCAGCUCAGAUGAAGGGGCAACCUAUCAAAAGUACCGGCUGAACUUUUACAUCCAGAGCUUGCUUUUCCAUCCCAAGCAAGAGGACUGGAUUCUGGCAUACAGCCAAGACCAAAAGUUAUACAGCUCUGCUGAAUUUGGGAGAAGGUGGCAACUUAUCCAGGAAGGGGUCGUGCCAAACAGGUUCUACUGGUCUGUGAUGGGGUCAAACAAGGAACCAGAUCUUGUGCAUCUCGAGGCCAGAACUGUGGAUGGUCAUUCACAAUACCUGACUUGCCGAAUGCACAACUGCACAGAGGCCAACAGACAUAAACCCUUCCCGGGCUACAUUGACCCAGACUCUUUGAUUGUCCAGGAUGAUUACGUAUUUGUUCAGCUGACAUCAGGAGGACGGCCACAUUACUACGUGUCCUACCGAAGGAACACGUUUGCCCAGAUGAAGCUGCCCAAGUACGCUCUGCCCAAGGACAUGCACGUCAUCAGCACAGAUGAGAACCAAGUGUUUGCGGCGGUUCAGGAAUGGAACCAGAACGACACAUACAACCUCUACAUCUCAGACACCCGUGGUGUCUACUUCACCUUGGCCUUGGAGAAUGUCCAGAGCAGCCGAGGCCCCGAGGGCAACAUCAUGAUCGACCUCUAUGAGGUAGCAGGGAUAAAGGGAAUGUUCUUGGCUAACAAGAAGAUUGACAACCAAGUGAAGACUUUCAUCACAUACAACAAAGGCAGAGACUGGCGUUUGCUGCAGGCGCCGGACACAGACCUAAGAGGGGACCCCGUGCACUGCUUGCUGCCCUAUUGCUCACUACACCUUCACCUUAAGGUCUCUGAGAAUCCCUACACAUCAGGGAUCAUUGCCAGCCGAGACACAGCUCCCAGCAUCAUCGUGGCUUCAGGUAACAUCGGUUCGGAGUUGUCAGACAGCGACAUCAGCAUGUUUGUCUCUUCAGAUGCCGGGAACACCUGGAGGCAGAUCUUUGAAGAAGAGCACAGUGUUUUGUAUCUGGAUCAAGGUGGAGUCCUGGUUGCUAUGAAGCACACAUCUCUCCCGAUUCGACAUCUCUGGUUGAGUUUUGAUGAAGGGAGAUCUUGGAGCAAAUACAGUUUCACAUCUAUUCCACUUUUUGUGGAUGGGGUUCUGGGUGAGCCUGGGGAAGAGACUCUAAUCAUGACAGUGUUUGGACACUUCAGCCACCGCUCUGAAUGGCAGCUGGUUAAAGUGGACUACAAGUCCAUUUUUGAUAGACGGUGCGCCGAGGAGGACUACAGACCCUGGCAGCUGCACAGCCAGGGGGAAGCAUGCAUCAUGGGGGCGAAAAGAAUAUAUAAGAAGAGGAAAUCAGAGCGGAAAUGUAUGCAAGGAAAAUAUGCGGGAGCUAUGGAGUCCGAACCCUGUGUCUGCACAGAGGCUGAUUUUGACUGUGACUAUGGUUACGAGCGACACAGCAAUGGUCAGUGCCUGCCUGCAUUUUGGUUCAAUCCAUCUUCUCUGUCGAAGGACUGCAGCUUAGGACAGAGUUACCUCAACAGUACUGGGUAUAGGAAGGUGGUUUCUAAUAACUGCACUGAUGGAGUGAGGGAGCAGUACACUGCCAAGCCACAGAAGUGCCCAGGGAAGGCCCCACGGGGGCUCCGGAUUGUCACCGCCGAUGGAAAGUUGACAGCGGAACAAGGCCACAAUGUUACCCUCAUGGUGCAGUUGGAAGAGGGUGACGUCCAGAGGACCCUCAUCCAAGUGGACUUCGGGGAUGGCAUUGCAGUGUCCUAUGUCAACCUCAGCUCCAUGGAAGACGGGAUCAAGCACGUCUAUCACAACGUGGGCAUUUUCCGAGUGACCGUGCAGGUGGACAACAGCCUGGGGUCUGACAGCGCCGUCCUGUACUUACAUGUAACUUGUCCCCUGGAGCAUGUGCACCUGUCUCUGCCCUUCGUCACCACAAAGAACAAAGAGGUCAACGCGACGGCAGUGCUGUGGCCCAGCCAAGUGGGCACCCUCACUUAUGUGUGGUGGUACGGGAACAACACGGAGCCCCUGAUCACCUUGGAGGGAAGCAUAUCAUUCAGGUUUACCUCUGAAGGGAUGAACACCAUCACGGUGCAGGUCUCAGCUGGGAAUGCCAUCCUGCAGGACACCAAGACCAUCGCGGUGUAUGAGGAAUUCCGAUCUCUCCGCCUGUCUUUUUCUCCAAACCUGGACGACUACAAUCCGGACAUCCCUGAGUGGAGAAGGGACAUCAGCCGCGUCAUCAAAAAGUCCCUGGUGGAGGCCACGGGGGUUCCAGGCCAGCACAUCUUGGUGGCAGUGCUCCCUGGCUUACCUACCGCUGCUGAACUCUUCGUCCUGCCCUAUCAGGAUCCGACAGGAGAAAACAAGAGGUCACCCGAGGACCUGGAGCAGAUAUCAGAACUACUGAUUCACAAGCUCAAUCAGAACUUGGUGCACUUUGAGCUGAAGCCCGGGGUCCAAGUCCUUGUCCACGCAGCCCACCUGACAGCAGCCCCGCUGGUGGACCUCACCCCGACCCAUAGUGGAUCGGCCAUGCUGAUGCUACUGUCCGUGGUGUUUGUGGGGCUGGCCGUGUUCGUCAUCUACAAGUUUAAAAGGAAGAUCCCGGGGAUUAAUGUUUAUGCCCAGAUGCACAAUGAGAAAGAACAAGAGAUGGUCAGUCGAGUCAGUCACCCCGAAAGCAGGCCCCAUGUCCCUCAGACUGAACUCAGGCGGCCUGGCCAGCUGGUAGAUGAGAAGGUGGAAUCUCAGCUCAUAGGAAGUAUUUCCAUAGUUGCUGAGAAUCAAAGCACAAAAGAAAUCCCUACCUAUGUAAAUGUUUGAAUGGAGGACGCCAGUAAAAACAAAAACAAACAAAACAAAAAUCAAAUAAAAAAACAAUCAAAAUCCAAACAAACAAACAAACACUCACUGCAUCGGGACUUUUUAAUUCUUCAGACACAGACAACAAGGGUUUUUAGCUUUAAGCCUGUGCAUGUGGACAGUCCCUUGAGAACAUGCUCGGAGGGGCAGUGUAUAGGUGCUCUAUUUUCAUGGAAAAACACUCCCCUCCCCUUUUCUUCUCUCUCUUUUUUCUGAUCGGUCGUGUUUGUAGAAAAUUCCUAACAUAUACAGGCCAAGGACAUCUGCAUGUAUUUUUGGAAACAUUCUUGGCUCUAGAUUUAACAGCUAUUUUAGCACUACCGGCUGAUGGGUGGAUUAGCCACUCCGGCUCUUUUCACAAGACACACAGACAUGCACAGGAGUUUGAAACCCUGAGCUGUUUCUCUAUUUCAUCGUUGCCGUUCUCCCUUCUGAGUUAUCUUGGGUAGCUCUGUUGGCCGGCAGCGACCCCAAGGCUGCCUUCUCCAUUCUGUGAGGCCACGGGCCCAGAGAGGCGAGUUGAAGUUCCAUGUAGGCAGGCAGAAUAGGGAAGGAAGGAGGGGGGCAGGCGUGCCAGAAAUGGACCCGUGUUUCCUGUUUGCCACUUCCCAUCACGACUGCUUCCCCUUGUAGCUUUCCCAACUCCUGCCCUAACUUAGGUGGAGAACAGAAUCCCGGUUACCUGCAUUGCAUUCUGACCUUCCCAUCUGUCUACUCUCCAUGUGUUGUCAUGGUCUGUCGAUGUCUUGGUAUCCCUUCCUUCCAGUCCCCAAGUUAUCCUUCACUGCGCCUACUUUUUCUUCCCAAACAUGUUGCUAGAUUCUGGACAUUUCAUCCUGACGCUCCCUAAACACUGGCCCAGCCUUGGCCAACCCUGCCUUGGCCACCGGAUGUUUCUGACCUGUCAGCUCUGUACACACCCACGCAUGCAGCCUCCAUAGCCCUGACCAAGCUGCAGCCUGCCCCGCGGGGCUCAGCUUCCUGUGUUUUUUGAUCUCUUCCUGUAGAACCCGCCUCUCCCAAAUAUCCCGCCCCAUUUCCCACCUGGAAAAACAUAUAAUGUGUGUGAAAGAGUUGAGAUACCCAAACCAAUUCAAACCUGGCCCUGUAUCUUAGAAGAGAAAGCGUACUGAUGAAUAGUGGUAUUUUCACACCUUGACAAAAAUCUCCUGCAGUCACAUUCCAGAAGAUUCUUGUGAGAAAUGUUGUGAACGUGUUACUUAUGUGGCAGGGCAGUUUCCUCCUGUGAUGGUUGCUCUUACCCAGUAUUUCCUCUCUCACAGUGGAGUGAAAAUAUUUGUAAAAUAAAACUGAUUUGAACCAGAAGAAGAAGCAGGUUCAUGGAUGUAAUGUUUAAGAGUGUCAAAAAGUCUGAGACGAGAUGGAGGUCUUACAUGAGGAUGGGAUUGUGAUCACGUAGGGUGAUCCUCGACUUUUUACACGUGUGCUCUCUGAUCUCUGAGCAUCAUGGUGUCAGCAAAGGAAAAAGGAAUAAGCAGAAAGGGGGAGGAGUAAGCUGACUCUAGCAGGUUGGCUCAGAGCAGGAGGAAAUCCCAGUUUUCCCAGAGCAAUCAUGAAAGAAGACCCAGAGAAAGAGGGAAACAAAAGUAUGUCCAGCAGAAGCCCUUGGAGUAUUAGGGACUGGACAAAGCCUAAUCCAAAAUAUAGGAGAAGGUGGCUUCAAAAAACCACUCAGAGUGUAGCCUCCUUCUUGGCCUUGUCCCCAGGCCAACAACAGGGUAUAACAGGGCCCUGGGGACAGUGGGGGUAUCCUAAAGACCCUGACGACUCCUGUCCUUGUGUAGGUAGGGGAAGAAUAGCAAAGCUUCAGUUAGAAGUCAGUCAAGCAGAAGAUUUUUAUGGUUGAAGACGCCCGGUAUGAAUCGGGGACACGGAUUAUUCCUGAGGCAGCUGUCUGUAGAGCUCAAUUGAUCCCCAACCUGUGGGGCUUCCUACCCCACGGGAAACAUCCUCACUCAUCCUCUUCCGUGCAAGCCUCCCAAACUUAAAUCUGGAAGACAAAGUGUUUGGAAACCUAAAGAGGAGUCCUCAGAACAGCACAGGGAGUCCUCAGAGUUGCAGUUCAAUUAAUUUUAAUUGGAUAAAUAUGAAAAAGGGAAUAACACUAUCCAGCACAGUGCCUUGCCUCGAGUAAGUGUUAAGAAAAUCAUUUGUUGAGAGAAUAAAUGCAUGAACAUGAGAGAAGACAUAGAAAAGGAUGGGCUUGGAAGUCCUAAUUAAAACUAGAGGUGGACAUGAGACGCCUGGCAUCUCGGAAGGUGACCAGGGAUGGUCAGUGCUAGAUGCAGCAUCUCCAGGGCCCUCAGGUGCCUCUUCUCAGAGCUCCCUCCCGCCUGUAGGAGAUUAGUACAGCAAAGUACUGCUUUUGGAGACCUCUUGGUCUCAUGGUACAGCUCUGUGGUUCUCAAAGUGCAGUACCUGGACCAGCAGUUUCGGCAUCACCUCCGGCUUGUUAAAAAUGCAGAUUUUGGGCCCCCCCACCCCCAGACCUACUGAGUCAGAAACGCUGGAGUUCGGGCCCAGUAAUCUGUGUUUAGAAGCUCUCUCAGUGAUUGUGAUAUACAUUAAAGUUUGAGAAAUGCUUAGUAGGCCAUUCCAGCUCAAUCCCAAAGAGAAGGCGGUAAUGAGAGCCUGCAAUUGGGAGGGACCCAAGUGCCUACCUCCUCGCUAACAGCAGGUGCAGACACAGUGAGGAGUUCGGUGGGCUUGAGGCCAGAGGAACGGGUAGUGAGGGAUGGAUGUGGCAGGUAAGAUUCAGGGCAAGCUGCAAAUCUGUUACUGCAACGUUUUUCCAAAAUCCCGGAAGGCAAACUGU